GUCAGCUAGCCUGGCAAUCUGAAUGGUAAUGGCAGCUGAAACUAGGCCUGUCUAAUUUUUGCUUGCUGUGUAUGAUGAUGAGACAGUAGAGCUUCCAGCAUUCACACCAUGAAUUUUGAAAGUCAAGAUCCUGAUGUGGAAGAUGACAGGAAGCGAGAUUCAAGCCGCAAAAGAGAUGGGAAGAGGGACAAAAAAGAGAAAGGCUAUCAGAUGUUUGAGGAAGAGGAUUCAGAAGAUGAUCAAUUAGUCUUGGCUGGAGAGUUGAAGAGUCCAAGUAAAAAUAAGAAAGAAAGAGUGAAACCAACUUUUAAAUUCCCUGUAAGGAAAGAGAAGGCUAAGGAAAAGGAAGAGAAAAAGGAUAAAGAAGCAAAGAAAGAAGAAAAAGAAAAAAGGCGUGAAGAGAAGGAAGGGAAGAAGUUCAAAAAGGACAAGAAGAAAUCGAAACAUGCCCCAGCCCCUGCGGUCGUCACUCCCAGUCAGUAUGAGAACCCAAUAUUUGGGGUGCCGUUGGCCAUGGCUGUUGAGAGGAACAAGUCCCAUGAUGGCAUUGAGGUGCCAGCCAUUGUGAGGGAGUGUAUUGACUACAUCGAGGAAUGUGGUCUGUCCUGUGAGGGCAUCUACAGAAUCUCUGGCGUGAAGUCCAAGGUACAGCACUUGAAGGAUGCGUACAACCGUCAUGAGGCCGUGUACUUGUACGAGCAUGAACCCAACGUGGUUGCCAGUCUCCUGAAGCAGUUCCUGCGAGAUUUGCCUGAGCCAGUUUUGACCCCCGCACUCCUACCCAAGUUUGAGGAGGCUUCAGUGAUAAAGAACAGCAAAAAGAAAGUGGAGGCAUUUUACCGGCUGAUCUGUGACAUGCCCAACUGCAACCGUCUGCUCCUGAGCUGGAUGAUUGUACAUAUGUCUCAUGUCAUAGAGUUGGCCAAAGAGAACAAGAUGAGUCUUCAAAAUGUGAGCAUAGUUCUGAGCCCAACCAUGCAGAUCAGUCACCGCGUUUUGUAUGUUCUGUUCUCCAAUGUCCAGGACCUGUUUGGCAACGUCACACUACGCAAAUAUGUGCCCCCACUGAAACCAGCACAUUCCAAAUGGUCCCUGGAGCUGCCUGAUAAUCCAGUAGCCCUGGAGGAAGAACUUGCCAAACAAGAGUCCCUUCUUAAUCAGCUUCAUGUAGAUCUUAACUCUGGCCUGACAGACCCUGUGAUAGAGGAGCAGCUGUGGGAAGUGCAGAGGGUGGUCACUCAGCUCAAGAGGAAGAUCAAGAUGGCCAAAAAAAAUGUGGAGAUGGGUGAACGGCGGAAAGCUAACCUAGACAUGAAAAAAUCGUCCACAACAUCAAUUCCCUCCCUUAGUGCUCCUGAAGAACUACAGCUUGAGCUCAGAACUGCCCCAGACAGUACAGGUCCUACCGUUACCACGGUCACAGCUGUUGUCGAGCGGCACCCAAAGGAAGGAGAAGAGGUAAAAGAGUCACCGUCUGUAGAUGGCACGGCUCAGGUGGAUGACUCAAAGAAAGCUGUGAAGUUUGCAGAGGAGCCAAAGAUGAAAGGUGGAGAGACAGCUGAGAAAAAAGAAACCGAAGCACCGAAGAAGAAAAAGGAAUCAGUUUCUUUUGAGGAGAAAGGAAAAGGUGACAUGGGAUCUGAGGACAAAAAAGAGAAUGUUACUGAACAAAAGGAACCCACCCCUGAAAGCAAGGAGCUCGCCACAAAGGAAACUUCAUCUGAAAAAGUAGCUAGUGUUGGUUCCGGAAAAGUUAAAGAAAUUACAAAAGAAAAAACUGGUUGUGUAACUGCUCAAGCUGUUAAAGAGGGCAAGGAAGAAAAGGAUGAAGUCAAAACACAAGUUGACAGUGUGAAAAAGGGGGUUGAUGAGACCUUGAAAGUGGAGGAGAAUUUGUCAGGUGAAUCAGAAACAAAGCAAGACGAAAAUGUGUCUGUUGCACUGAAUGAGAAAUCUGCAGUGAAACAGGCUGUUAAGCCUAGUGAAACAACUGUAGUUGCUCAAGAUAAUUCAGUCAAGCCAGCUGAGAGGCCUGUUGUGAAUGAACGAAAAAAGGAGCCCUCUCCUCCUGAAGUGACCUCUCCAUCACAUGUCAAAGAAGUGACCCUACCUCAGAAAACAGUUCAGCUCCCACAGUCUGUCAUCGUGAAAAAGCCACCGGAAGACAAGGUAGUCUCCAGUCAAGCAUCUCCUCCGAAACAGAAUGUGGAAGUUGAGGCAAAGAAGCCAAAACUGCCGCCUUUCAUGUCUACUACCUUACUGCAGCCAAUGAAGGCAGAAAUUCCAAAGCCAAAGUCUUCCUCAGAGGAUCUGAAAGCGAAGCAAGAGAGCUUGUUGCGUUGGGAAAAGCUGAGAGAGCUGGAAGAAGAGCUGCUGGGAGAGAAGAAGAAAAAAGUGGUUACAGAAACAGAAUCAAUAAAAGACACUGAAGAGGAAAUAUCAGAUGAUCGAGACAUGGAGCAACUUUUGGAGGAAGAGUAUGCCAUGCUGAUGGAAGAGGAGGAGUUACUGGCCAUAGCUGAUGAGUUGAAACAGAAAAUGGCGACGGAGCGUAGUGAGAUGGAGCGUCUUGCCCAGGAAAUCCAGGAGCUGCAGUACCUCCGGCAGGACUCUGACUUGGAGGACCUCAGCUCGAGCUCAAACUCAAGCGAUGACAGCGAAGACGAAGAGGAUCUUCAGGACCUCUUGACACAGCUCAUUCAGGAUAAUGAAGAUCUUGAGAUGCAGAGUGCAGACCUCUGUCAGAAAGUUCAUGAAGAGCGGAUGAUUUGCCUCAGUGUCAAGCUACAGAUUCGACUGUUGCAGCAACGACAAAUGGAGACCACUUAUGGAUAGUAUUGUUUGUACUGCUGAACAUUCUCCACUAUCUCCACAUAUGACAAAAAUGUGUCAUACAGAACAAAUCACGGCUUGUAAUCAGUUUGAAAUUUUCACUUGCCUGUUAAUGAGCGUGCAGUUCUGGAUAGCACAGGCUUAGCCUCCUGUAUGAGGGUCCAUCUUUUUCUCGAUAUUUCAGCCAAUCAUACUUAAUGAGCUUUUUGUUGAGAGUGGACUGAUAUAUAUAUAUAUAUAUAUAUAUUCACUGUUAUAUUAUAAGCAAACAAGGGAAGAUGGUCCACUGGUUUCUUGUCAUGCCCUGAGAACCCAAAUUAGUAUCUGUCUAUGUUCUUACCCUCUAUUGUUCAAUUCUAAAUUUUCGUAGCAAGUAUUCGUCUUGAAAUAUACUGCUCGUUUUUUUAUUUCAUCCCUUGAAACUUUGCAUCUCAAGUCCCCAAGUGCUAGUAUUGGGUACUCAAAAAACUUUUUUUUAAUACAGCUUGAAAUAAUUAUUCCAGUCUGUAGAUUUUUUUUUAUUCCAAGCAUCUUGUUGCCAAAAUCAUCAAAAUCAGAAUGAAAGGUUUGUGCUGUUAACUCUUUAUCUGCUUGGGGUUUUGAGCAAAUUUAGUUAAGGUUUUUCCCCUUGAUAUAAUUCUAAUCAAGGGUGUUAAACAAAAAAAGCUAUAUUUAGAUCAAAUACACCGAAAUAUAGUUGUAGCGUACUCCAAAUUGUCCGGAAAUUAAUGAAAUUUCAUAAAAUGUGCGUUUUGUUGGGAAAUUUAUAGUAUGUUACGCAAUCGUAAACACACCCAUAAUUUUUUCUUCACCCACACAAAAAAUUGAAAUGUCAAUUUCAAUCUCUUCUAAAUACAAAACUAUUCAAGGUUUUACCAGUUCCAUCCAGUGACGUUAUCUCCAACCAUAUUGGAAUAACCAUGGCAAAUUUGAGAAUAAAAGACCAAGAAACUAAAAACAGACCCCAUUUAUCUGAACAGUAUAUGUGAGGCAACCAUGGAUUUUCAGUGUCAAGUUGACCUUUCAACAUUUUGAGAUAUAUUGAAUUGAUAUUCUGAAACUACAGCCAUUUCUGAAUAACCUGGUCUUUACAGAAUUAAAAAGGGACAAUUAGAAGCUGAGAUAUGGGCAUUUAACGACAACCACCUGAGCAGAUUAACUUUUGAGAAAAUCACGUUUAAAGUUGGAGCAACAAAUUAAUUUCAAGAGAUUUUGCACUGAAAACAACCCAGAAACAAAAUACCAUUGCCCUAUAUACCUUAAUUGGUUACUGUUGGGUAUUUUUAAGUUUGAAUGAAGUGAGAAAAUGUUUUUAUUCAAAUUUUCUUCUGUCAAGCUUUGCAUUGGGUGACUGAAGUGGAAAAAUUGAACGCACAUAUUUCACAAAACUGGAGCUGUCCACUGAUUUUUAGCUUACCGGUAUUCUGUUUUCUUGAGUGCUUAUGUUUCAAGAAAAGCUUUGCAAAGUAAUAAACUAUUAUUGAAUUUUAAAAGCAGUCAGUAAAUUGAAGUUGAAAGACAAAUAAUUUGAUAACAGAACAAUAAACAUACUCAGUACAGCAAAAAAUGCAUGCAAAGAAUUUUUUUUUCUUAACAGGAAAAGCUUGUGUGUGCUUGGAAUUCUGGUGAAAAAGAGACUACAUUCUGCAUCAAAAUCCACAUGGUUAGCACAGACAGAGGUUGAGAGAAAAUAUGAGGGGCCACGUGAAAACGCAAACGAAACAUACAUGCAAAAACAUGCAGUUUGACUCACCAAAGGCUUAUGUAUCCAAUAUGUAUGUACUCCAGUAAUCCAGGGGGCAGGGGGUUUAGUUACAGUACUCCUUCUUUGUGUGGAAGUCCUGAAAGCAGGGGACCACACACAGGGGUACUUUGUGGUAUGGGCACCAGAACGACGUUUCUUUCCGCUUCAUUGUGGAGCCCGGUUGCUUCGCCUUCUCAUAACACACCUUGCAACUCCGGGUGGGACGUUUCUUCUUCUCGAUUGAAGGAAUGUAGUUCGGGAAGCAACAUGAGUGGAGGCGGUCAAGCUGUGUGGGAGCUGGGUCCUCGGAAUCCCCUUCUUGCCAGCCCAAGAAUUCCUCCGCCAUGCCCUGUCCAAGCUUCUGGGUGAACUUGGAGAUUGGCAGAGGCUUCCCACCUGUUGAUGUCUGUUUCCUGUUGUACAGGAUUGAUGCCUGCACCAUCAUGAGGGUAAACAGAUGUCCAAACAGUUUUUUCCACCAUUUCAUGGUGCGGCGAUGGAAGGGCAUACAGGCCAUGAGUUGGUCGCUGCGGUCUACACCCCUCAUGUUGAGGGUGUAGUCCUGGACCACCUGCGGUUUCUCAUUGGUCUGGGCCCUUGAUCUGACUGUCACCCUUCUCCGUGGGUCAUGCACAGUUGUCAGAAGGUUGACAGACUUUUUAUCCUGCCUAUGGAGGGCCACCAGUUUGUCUUGCCAUCGGUAGGCACACUUUCCAGUUCUUAGAUUCAGCGCUGCCAAAUCCUUCGGCAUAUCCACACAGUUGGCUCUUACCGUACCCACAAUCAUGGUGUCGCCUGCGAUCAUCUCAUGGUACAAAGCUGGACAGGUGUAAUAGUUGUCCGUGUACAAAAUGUACCCUUUGUUCAUUAGCGGCAACAUCAUUCGUCGGCACACAUCCACGGGUUUGUUGCUGAUGGUAGGGUCGGCGGCAUUGAUUUCGAAGGCACAGGCGUACGCAGAGGCACCCGCGCACAGCAUGUACAGCUUGAUCCCCCACUUGUUGGGCUUGUCUUUCAUGUACGCCCUGAACCACAGGUUUCCCCUCCAUGGGCAGAUGGCUUCAUCAAUGACGAGUUUCUGUUGAUGGGUCACGAGGUCUCGGAAGGUAGCAGAAAGGGGAUCAAUAAUUGGUCGCAGCUUAUGGAGAGGGUUGUGACCAGUUUCUCUGAGGAUCACGUAUGUGGUGUUGACGUUGAGAUGCAGGAGGCCUAGAAUCUGCAUGAAACGGUUCCUUGACAUUAUUUUGGGGGCAAACGAUGUGCGGAUGAUUUCUGCCGUACUCCAGUAGUCCUUCAAACAGGGUUUCUUGACAAGUGACAUAUGCACCCAGAUGGUGAAGAACCCCCACAACUCCUUCAGUGUCACUGUGCUCCAGUUCUUGUAGAGACUCUCAGGGGGCAGCUGUCUUCGACCCAGCUCCGAAGCAGCAUACCUGUUCGUCUCUGUCUUGAUUACCCGUAGGAUGUCUGCCGUGAAGAAAAGACGGAAAAAAUCCAGAGGUGUCUCGACAUUAUCUGGUACGUGCAUGCCAGGCUGCCCAGUAAAGGGGACCCCAGGAGGAAACCCAGUCAGAUCCUCAGUCCAGUCACCUGUAGGUGCAGGUGCCACAUCACCAGACAGACGCAUGCGUUUAGGUGGCAGUCCCGCAGACGUUGAUGGUCCUGGGUCGGCAUCAUCACUGUCCUCAUCAGGACCUGAAAGUAUAAACAUGAAUGUUAGAAAAAUUUAGACGACACAAAAUAACAGAGCAUCAAUUUCAAUUUUAUAAUGCUUGCCUGAGUUAGAAACAGAAUCUAAAAAUCUACAUCUAGAUGUAAAUAAGAGCAGUGAUACAGGACCUUGGGCUGACAAAAUAAAUCUUAGUCUGGACCUGACUUGAUACUAGGGAAUGACUUCAGUUCUAGAUCUAGUAGAAAAUAGCUUGAUAGUGAUUCACAAGCACAAAAUAGCCUAGAUCUAAAUCUAGAUUUUUAGAUCUGUACUAAAACAAAAUAAAAUCAAAUCUAGAUUGUUAUCUUUGUCAUGAUGAAAUGAGGUACAAGAAGUAAACACAAAAAGUAGGCGUGGCAUUGUUUACUUCUGGAAAGUGAUAGAUCUAAACUUGCUCCAUCAAGAACAAAAUUCUCUCCUCAGUUGGGAUAGUCAGUCCCGAGAUGCAGUGACAACACCCUAUUAUCACCAAGAUGUAAAUAUUUCUCACCUGAAUCAAAAAGUUCCUCAUCAGAAUCAGUUUCUUCAACAUCGGAGUUGAGCGUCUGGAAGAACUCAAUCACUUCAGUAGCCUUUUUUCGCUGGGGUCGAGAUAUGAUUUGAUGUCGAUCAAAAAACAAACUUCAAAAUCUCCCUCGUUCGUUGAGAGUCACUCUUCUUUAGGUCACCGGAAGAAGGAAUGGAUCAAGUACCCGGAUAUUACAAUAAACAUGGAUAAUAUAUGGGAUUGGAUGAUUUUUCGGGUUUUUAUUCUCAUCACGAGUUAACUCAUGAUCGGUCCUCAGACGACGGGAAGCCAUCACGAGAUAACUCGUGAUUGGUCCCCAGUGAGUUAAAAGAAUCCUAACGAAACAUCUAAUCUCCUUGAACAGAUCGUCCUGUCUUUUCUUGUCAAGUCCCUGUGGCUGUAAGAAGGGGGGAAGGAGGGUGGGGUCAAUCUCAGUGUCACGUUUCAAAGGGUGCUGCAACACUGGCUCAGAGCUGGUGAGAGGUUUGAGUGCCAUGGUACCAGAUGUGUCACUGAUUGUCAUAUGCUGGAAAGACUUGAUGUUGUUUACUUUUUUGGAGUACUUGUCCAGAAAUGAGUCCCAUUUGUAUGAAAUGAUGUUCACAUUGUUCGGUCCGGUUCUGACGAACUGGGCUGUGUUAACCACUGACGAUUCCUCCACAACUUUAGCAAUGCGCUGUAGGCUGUUCACUUUCGUUCUGCAAUACAAGAGCUUUACAAGUCCAAAAACAGCCAUUGGGGCUGAACUUCGUGUGGCCUGUAAUCAAAAAAGAAAUGAUAAUAGAGUCAUGACGGCCAGUCAGCACACGCCACAUGAGGUAUUGCAUCACAGCCGAAUUUUUAUUUUGGCCUGAGCAGUUGUCUGCAUGCAGAUGGGGGUGCUUCUCCCCCAAACCGUAGAACUAAAAAAAAUUAUGGAGUAGGGAGAUGACACAAUUUGCCCCUUUUCCAACACACACAGAUUCAUGAAUCAGGUAGUUGACCUGCUGCGAAGCUGCCUCGCAACAAAUCCCGAAUAGGCCACAUUUCUGUGGUGUCUUAAAAUUGAUGAGUCCUGGCUGGAGGGGGUCUGAAGGAAAAUGCACCUGCUCUGAAAAUUCAAAGCUGUAGUGCAUGGUCAUGUCAUGUGAACAUAUUUGGUUUUUGCCCAGGGUCCUUUUUUCUCCUUGAAACGCUUCUUUAGACUUGCCCACAAUACUGUUAAGACAAGAGCGAUCGGCUGUGAUGUCUGUCAAGUGUUGUUCCAUGGAUCUCAGGGCAUCAGAUUUCUGCUCCUUUGACAGGUUUCUGGACCUUGCAACCUGAGCAGUUCCUUCUUGAGACCUUGCAACCUGAGCAGUUCCUUCUUGAGACCUUGCAACCUGAGCAGUUCCUUCUUGAGACCUUGCAACCUGAGCAGUUCCUUCUUGACAAGUCCAGCAAAGACCUGUAGCAGGCCGCAUGGUGCUGAUAAAAGGCAUGAUUUUCUUCCAGACGUUCCGAAACCGAGUAAGGCUUGCAACCCGCGGAUCAGGUGCCGAUGAGGCUACAUACUUAUUGUACACUAUCUUCUUGGUGCAGUUCGUUGGUAGAAGUUUGAGGUUGCUGUUCCAAUGUUUUGGGGUGCGGCCAGGUUGCGAAAUGGCAUGCGCCUCAGCAUAGUUGGUGAUAAAUAACACUAUUCUCUCUACAUCCUUGUAGGCCAGUGUGUUUGGAGGGGGCCUUUUGGUGUUCUUGUGAACGCGGGGUGUAAUGCCAGAAGAUUUAUAAUACUUCAAAAGCACUGUGAGUUUAUCCUGUGGUAGUCCGUGAAUAUACUUACUGCACGGUUUUCCAUUAAAGAGGCUGCGCUUGCAAGCAAGUUGCGCCGACUUCUUUCGUGACGUGAGCUCUGUCUCAUUCGUUGGUCUAGUUCCAGUUCCUGGGAGAAAGCUUGACAGGUUUUCAAUGGGAGUGAAGAUCAUGGGCUCUUCGUCUUUAUCAUCUGAUGAAGAGAGCAGAAAAGAAUGCUCUAAGUUAUGGCAAAGGUGAAAGGUAGUAGCAAAAUUCUGGAAUACUAUGCCACAAGCCAAGUGCCAUUACAACUCGAUAAGCAGUAGUCAUGUUGAUGUAUCGACUAAAGGUAAAACUUUUAUGAAUUGCAUACAUAGAUCUACACAACACUUUUCUCCAUAAAGUUCAAAGCGCUUUACAAUCUAUUGUGAUGUAUUGAGUUGAGGUAUGUUUUAGAAAAGGAGGAUUUUCUUCGCUUUGUCCUAGAAUUGAAUUUAGGAUUCGUGUUGAAGACUAACCUUGGAUCUCACCAGACAUACUUACUUCAUUGCUAUCCUUGUGUCUCAUCUAUAAACUCAAGAUAUGUUACACAGUUUCCACUAAACUUGAUCUAGAUGUAUGAACAGUAAAAGUAGCAUUCAACUGUUUUGGCUAGCAGAAUUACAACACCGUCCGAACACACGUUUUGACAUAAAUUUCAAUUAGAUCUAGAUUUUAAUUGUGUAACCAGUUUUAGUUUGAAUUCAGUCAUCCUUUUUUAAAUUACAGUAGUGGCAAGUGGGAUUAUUCAUUUACUAAACUUAGAUAGAUUUAUUUGUUGACAGUGUAAAAGAUUAUAGAUAGGUCUACUAGCUUUUCUAGAUGUAGAUGGUUCUACUUGAGGAUAACUAACGAAUAUGACCUAAUUUAUCGUUGCCUCAAUUACGAAAAACCAAAACUGAUGUCCUCAUUAAUUAAAAUGUUGGAAGGACUUCCGUAAAGAGCGACUACUCCAAUAGACAUGGGGGAAGAAGGGAUAAAUUAAGAUAAGUUAACUCUUACCCUAACUUAACCUAACCAUAUCCCUAAACUUGAACCUUAACCCUAAUCCUAAAAGUAAAUCUGACCUUAUCCCAUUAAGUAUCCGAGUGGUUGCUCUUUACACAGAAGUCCUCCCAACAUUUUAAUCUUACAAUCAUAAUGCAGUAGUCAUAUUAUUUAGACCUAGGUCUGUACACUUCAAAAUGAAUUUACCUGUAUCAGAAGUUGUCCUGAAGUGGCAGUGGCAGCAGAUUCAGCUGACCUGUCAAGAUCUAGGUUGUUCUCAGUGUCCUCGUCACAGUCCUUGUCACUGUCACUGUGUUCCACAUAGCUCUCAUGUGACAACUACUCGUUAAUAUGUUCAAGUAAUGCUUUUUUAUCUUCUGCAUUGCUACAACAGAAAUUGUAUCUGUUCGGCUGUUGUGCUAUAACAGUAACAGUUUGGUGUCGAUCCAGUUGGUAGAUCUAGGCCUGCGUCUCGACCUGACGUCAUCUUAUCGAGUUCCAAAUGAGUGAAAAAUGAACAUUUUCAGCGUGGUCACAGACAACUUUAAAAAACACUUGAUUUUUUGGACAAUAACAGUGCUCAAUAUGUCCACCGGGUAAAUUAUUGUUCACUGUGCAAAGUAUUUCUGACAAUGGUUCUCCCAGUCGCCAGAAUCGUCCAAAAAUUACACACUGAUUUGUAUUUGCCUCUGAAACAGAAACGACGCUAUAGGUAGGAUCUACACUCUUCUGUGUUGUGUCUAUUCAUGCACACUUCCUGCAGUUAAAAACUGCAAGAAAUCACCUUUCUAAAGAAACCGAAUAGUCAAUAUUUAUUGCAUGGAAUGUUUUGAACAAAAUGAGGUUCAUUGUGGUCUAUCGGCAGAAGGAAAUUAGCGUACAUUUCGAGAGUACUGUCCGCAAAUUCUUAUGAGGUGGGUUCAGUAAAACAAAACAAAAACCAACUUGAUAUCCCGUUUUUUUAGCACACAUUGUAUUUUAUUUCACCAGAGCAUUAAAAAAAUGGACAAAGAACGCAAUGAAAGCAAAAACUCAAUUUCCAUAAAAUAUCAAUAUUUUGACUUUAGAAACUGAUAUCUCGAAAGCAGUCUGCGCGACUUGAGACUGAAAAUCCCUGGCGGCCACACGUAUGCUCUACAUUUUUUAGUGACCACUUCGCAUGAAGAAACUCUGAUUACCGGUACUACAACAAAAGGUUAGCACAACAUGCACCACAUGUUAAAAAACAUGAAAAUGUAAAGAAAUGGUUGAACUUUAACUUUCAAAACAGAAAAAGGGAAAAAAAAGCACUCUUAUGUUCAAGGACAGGUAAAUCUCAGGAGGCAAUUUCAGGGACAUAAUCCAUUGCGAAUUGAAAAGUAACACCAGGAGACCAUUUCAGCGACAUAAUCCAUUGCGAAUUGCAAAGUAAGCACACAUGUCAAGUGCAUCUCAGUGCAAAUUUAAAGAAAACUUUCCCAGUUCUAAUAUACACUGAGUUACAACACUAAUAAUAAAGCAAUUUAAAAUGAUCUGGGCCAACCUAAACACAGAAUGUCAUCUUGGCCCUAAGCUAUGUACAGUAUUUUGCCGCACAGUUUACAGGUUCCUUUGUGUGUGGUACCUAUGAAAGCAUUCCUUGGGAUGCAGGAGUGUUUUUACUGUGCAUCCAGAACAGUAAAAAUGGCUACGAACUCUCUUUCCCAAAGUGAUGGAACGCAUUUUACAAGCUCUGUCACCAGCUGCAUAGAGAGGGAGGUGCAUGCCUGUCAAACGUUCCAACGCUGUGGGUUCUUCUUCUCGUCUGCCGUUUGGUAUGACAGAGGGCUCAGCACAUUCAUUGGCAUCAUUGGUAGUGGGUACUGGAAUGGCUGCAGCAUCACAUAGUUCACGGAUGAGAAGCCUCUUGAACUUGAACUGUUUCAGCCCAAUCUUUUUCUGUUUUUUUCCGUCAGCCAGUUUUGGUUGUGUAAGUACAUAGAGCACAUAUGCGUUGUAUUGCGCAACUUCCAAAUUCCAAAAGUAGAGCUUUCGCCACCACUUUUUUGCAUGCCUGUUAUGGAUGCCAUAAUAGUUUCUAAAUGGUCACAGCCAUUCAUGUGCCUAUUGUAUGAGCAGACAACGUCUCGCCUUUCUAUGCCUUUCACAUGUGUUGUGGUCGUUUUUGCAUCGAUGGACACAAUGACAACGGGUUUUUGUUUGUUGGGGGUUUUUUUGCUCUUUCGUCCCGGAAUAUAUACGCACUGAAUUUCCUUUGUUUUGUUCAUAAAUGAUUUGUUCUCCUUGUCUGCAAUAGUUGUUGAUUUUAUUUGCUCUGAGAACCCACGACGAUUGGUAUUGAGGGUACCAGUGUAGUACAUCUGCAUCCCAAGGAAAUGGUCUACCAACUCUCGUGUUGUGUAGACACAGUUGGCAAAGAUAGCAUGACCCUUGACCAAGCCAUGAAGAAGCGUUUCAAAAACUUUCUUUGCCUGUCCACUAUCGUCAUUCAUAUCUGGCUUGUACGAGGUAUUGCCACCGAAGUAUGUUAGGAUGUUGUAAACAUACCCAGUGGCAGCGUCACAAAGUCCAAAUGUUUUUAUGUGGUACUUUUUUGGCUUUGUAGCAUUGAACUGCUUGAAAGCCCACCGACCCUUGAACCAUUUCUUCUGUACUAAGCUCCUGAAAUGGAUAAAAGGCAGCACGACAUUUCCUAAGCUGGAGAUUUAUGAAGGGUUCGAUUUUUUCCUUCCCAUCGGAGAGGGAUCUCCACUGUGAAGCAUAAUGGAGUAGGUCAGUUUGAAUUUCUCUCGACUGAUUACCUUGUUCAAGAAUGGAAAAUACAAAUCUGGGGCUGAUGACCAGUAAUCUUCUAUACUAGUACUAGGUCUGUUACUGAUACAGAACAAGUGUUGCUAUUAUGAAUUUCAACAGAUCAGCAACUGAGAGGUCUUUCCACUUGUGCAGCCUUGAAUGUUUGGAGUGCUUUUCUAUAUUUUCACUUUAGCAUAACCAUUGAUGUCGCUGACCAUUGUUUUCUUCACCUCAUCAUCGACUAGCAAGUUGAAACAGUCAAGAGGUGUAGAGUCUUCAUUCAGUUUGUCACAUGACCCAGUGAAAGCAGGGGCGAAUCUGAAAUUUGUUGUCUCGCCAGCUUUGACUUAUUCCCACUCACUCACGUCAUAACUUUGUUUGCUUGUAGGUCUAGAGCUAGAUCUAGAUUUAGAUUUAGGCUUGCUUUGUUUCCCUUAUUCCUUCUUCUUGCCCUUAGACUCUCUUUACCCAAAACUCACACUUUGAUCUUCCUCUUCAUCACUUUCAUCAUUCAGAAGGUCCGUGUCAACCCUAGCGCGUUUUUGCGGAGAUUGGUUGUCACCAUCACUGUCACUUUCUUCUUCAAUAUUCUGAUUCCCAGCCUCAUACUCUUCCUCGCAAUCACACAAACUUGGAAUUAUCUUGUGUUUGGAUCCAAGUUCGAAUCAAUUCCGCUGCUUGAAUUCCCGAAAAUCGAGUAGAUGAACUUGGGAGAUCCAACAUGUUGGAAACUCAGCCAAUGAUGUGUACGCUAGAAAUAUGUUAGAAAUGUCAACAACAAAAAUGCAAUAGAAAGCGAUCUACAAACUAAGAAAAGCUUGAAAAUGGUAGAACAGAAGUUGGGGAAACAUAAAAUCAUAACUUCCUAUCGGAAAGUUUCACAUUCGCAUUUUAGCGCAUCCUUGAAUGCAGUCAUGCAGUGUGCGGCUCCGAGCAGAUAAAGAGUUAAAGAAAAGGAAAAAUUAUGUCAUUGUCGCAGACAUGAUAAAGUGCCGAUUUUGAAGCAGCCUUGUGAACAGUGUAGCAAACCAAUGUUGUUUAAAACUUCUGACAUUCUGAGAAAACAUGCAUAAAAUUGUUUUUCUGCUCUACAGCCUUUCAAAUAUUUCAAGCGCCUGUAUCGGAACCACACAGAGUAUCUGUUUUAUUGUUUGAAAAUGAAGUAGAACAAAGAAUGCAUGACCAGCAUUAUUUUAGUGUUUCUCCUUGAAAAUUAGUAUAUGACUCUUGUAAAGUGUUUUAUAAAAAAUAAUGGUGUUCAGUGUCAGAAAAUGUUUACAUGUUUUUACCCAGCUAUGUUAUUGAGUUUGUUUGAUUUGUAUAUUAUUUAGAAAUAAUGUCUUCAUUGCUGGUCUAUGAUUUCCUGAUCAGUUGAUAAAAAGAGGACAUUUAUUAGAAAUGUAAAUGUUAUUGGUGACAAUGUGUGCACGUCUGUGUUUGUAUUUAUGCAAUCUUAUUGUUUUCUUUUAUCACGUCUGAGUGUCUGGUUAACCAUUGUGAUAUUGUUUGCUUUGAUGUUUUUGUAGCAUCAUUGUAACCAAGGAAAGUAGCCUAUAUUUUGAACUGUUGAAACAGUGAUUGCAAGUGUAGCGUAUGGUUUUGUUUAUUCCAACUUCACCAGUUUCUUAAUUUAUGGCUAUGCAUUUGUCAGCUGGCGUACUCAAAGUGUCAUCUCUCAUUCUGUGGUAAAAGUUUGAAGAGUAUGUUAUUUUGUUCAGCCUUGUUUUUCUUUGGUAUUUGGGGAAAGCUGCAAUGACCUAUUUGUUCACUUUAAUUAUGCUUUUUUGUCAUUUUAUUUACGCUUUGUUUUGUUAAUGGUGCAAAAUUUGUAAAACCUGAUUAAAAUUUAAACAUAUAUUGUUUGUUGUUUCACCUUUUGAUCUAAAUAUUUUUAGUGGAUGGUUGGAAGGCACCUUUGCUUGGUCCUGUUCCUUUUCUUCUAUCUGUCUUGCGUUCUUCCCGACAAAAUAUGAACAUUAUUUUUUGUCAAUGUACUUCUCUUUACUCUAAUCUAAUUCAAACACUUUUUCAGUACAAUCUAUGAAUAUUUUUAGCAGGUGGUUGGCAAGUGCUCUUGUGUGGUUUGUUCUUUCUUUCCUAUCAAACACAUAUUAUCAUCCUGAUCUCUCCUUUUUUAUGUCUGUGACUCUCUUGUAACAUCUCUUCAGCACUUAGAUUUAUUACUGUAUUGUGUUGCAAUUAUUCUAAAACUCUGACUAAAAAAGAGAAUACUUUUUUGUGCACUCUUUUUUACAAUGAACCUGUAAGGCUGCAAAGGCUCUGGCUUCAUGUUCCCCACGUUUUCACAUUAACGUCACCCAACUUGCAGAUGUGACGGAAGCUUUCUUUUUAACAUAAUAUAUCCGGCGUCGCACCGAUUUCAUAUGACAAUCCCCACACUUACACACGGCCGGCCCUUCACGAUGUUGAUUUUACCGCUGCUGUAAAAUUGCUCUCUGCAAAUCGUCAUUCUGAGGUCUAGGGGCGGGAAUUCUAAAAAUGCCAGUCGAGAUGUAGAAAGCUGAAAUUCUUUUUAAUCAAUAUUGCAUUAAAUUGUAUUUUUUACUUCAGACUUGGAUUUUGCAAUGAAAAUUACCUAAUAGCACGAGACUUUAACUUUUAGGCCCAUUUUUGUAAUAUAGACAAUUAAAAAAUAAUUGUAAACAC